AAGCACAGUGUACGUGCAGCUGCAGUAGCAGUGAAGGUGGAGAACCACCUUCUUCCCACCACCUCCUCUGCAAACUGCGCCGUUCCCUACCGGGGGCAGCCCCGGGUGGGCACAGCAUGUGAGAGCCCCCCCCGGCACCUCAGCUGCACCAGGUGCCACCACUGCCAGGGAGCAAGAGGAACGUUUUCGGAACCAUUUCUGAAGGAAAAUGGAGAACCCACUUCUUUUAUUCCCCCAGCUGAACAUUUCUGCUUCAAAGGACAAAUCCUAUUACAAAGUCAUGAAGUCUGUGAUUAAAGAAGAGCCACACAAAGCAAGCAAACCUGGAGCUAAGCAGAAGAGAAAUAGGCUGAGCCUGCUCCUGCAGAAACCUGAAUUCCAUGAAAGUGACCAUCUUGGUAAACCUGGAAACGUGGCAAAACCAGCAAGCAGCGUGUCUCCUGAAGAAGCAGUGAAAUGGGGAGAAUCUUUUGACAAACUGCUUUCUGAGAAAGCUGGGCUGGAUGCCUUUACAAAGUUUCUGAAAACUGAGUUCAGUGAGGAGAACAUCGAGUUCUGGAUAGCUUGCGAGGAUUACAAGAAAAGCAAAACUGCACAUGAACUUCUGCCAAAAGCUAAGACCAUUUUUGAAACAUUCAUACAGAAAGAUGCUCCAAAGGAGGUGAAUUUGGACUUUCACACCAAGGAAGCCACAAGUCAGAAUAUUCACCAGCCCCUCAUCACCACCUUUGACACAGCACAGAACACAGUCUACAGGCUGAUGGAGCAAGACAGCUACCCACGCUUCCUGAGAUCUGAUCCUUAUUUAAAUUUGCUUAAAGGGAGAAAUCCCACUCGUCCUACCCUUAGGAGGCGGUCACGGUCUUUUACUGUCAAUGAUUUUCAAGGUGUACGCCCAGACUUUACUGUUUGGUAACAAGAAACCUCCACCCUCAUAACUCUUAGCUACUUCC